AUGAAUCCAUCCGCUUCUUUACUUGGUAAUCACAAGGAUGAGUCUGUAGCCGGUCUUCUUUUUAAAGAACUGAUUGAGAAGGCAGGUGGUUUUGCUGGGGUAUUUUCAGAGCCCAAAUAUGAAAUCAUGAAGAAGCUGCAGGAUAGGAAGCACAUGGUUGGCAUGAAAAGUAAUGAUGUCAAUGAUGCCCCGACUCUGAACAAGGCAGAUAUAGGAACUGCAGUUUAUGACAUUGUGCUCACUAAACCUGGGCUUAGUGUUAUCAUUAGAGUAGAGCCAUAUUCUAGAGAAUGA